CCCUCCCCUCUUCUCCCUCCCAACUGGUCUGUGCGGGGUGGGGGGGGAGCUGGUGCUGCGGCCCCCCCACCCCUACCCAUCCAGGCCAUAAAUAGCAGCAGAGCCGGAGCCAGAGCUGGAGCCGAGCUGGCGCCAGCGGCUGGAGCAGCGAGGGAGAAAGGGCCAGGGCCAGAGAGCUGGAGAGAGGAGCUCCCGACUACAGCCCAGUGUCCAGACCAUCUGCUCUGUCCUCUCAGUGACAUGUCGGACCCUGAGAUGGGAUGGGUGCCUGAGCCCCCAACCAUGACACUGGGAGCCUCGCGGGUGGAGCUUCGGGUGUCCUGCCAUGGCCUCUUGGACAGAGACACACUCACCAAGCCCUACCCCUGCGUGCUGCUCAAGCUCUACUCUGACGAGCAGUGGGUAGAGGUGGAGCGCACGGAGGUGUUGCGCUCCUGCUCCAGUCCUGUCUUCUCCCGGGUGCUGGCUCUCGAGUACUUUUUUGAGGAGAAACAGCCCCUGCAGUUCCAUGUGUUUGAUGCCGAGGAUGGAGCCACCAGUCCCCGAAAUGACACCUUCCUCGGCUCUACAGAAUGCACCUUGGGUCAGAUUGUGUCACAAACCAAGGUCACUAAGCCAUUGUUGCUGAAGAACGGGAAGACGGCGGGCAAGUCCACCAUCACGAUCGUGGCUGAGGAGGUAUCUGGCACCAAUGAUUAUGUGCAACUCACCUUCAGAGCCCACAAGCUGGACAACAAGGAUCUGUUCAGCAAGUCUGACCCUUUCAUGGAGAUCUAUAAGACCAACGGGGACCAGAGUGACCAGCUGGUCUGGAGGACUGAGGUGGUGAAGAACAACCUGAACCCCAGCUGGGAGCCGUUCCGCCUGUCCCUGCACUCCCUGUGCAGCUGUGACGUCCACCGGCCACUCAAGUUCCUGGUGUAUGACUAUGACUCGAGUGGGAAGCAUGACUUCAUCGGCGAGUUCACCAGCAGCUUCCAGGAGAUGCAGGAAGGAACAGCAAGUCCUGGGCAGGAGAUGCAGUGGGACUGUAUCAACCCCAAGUACCGGGACAAGAAAAAGAACUACAAGAGCUCAGGAACAGUCGUGCUGGCCCAGUGCACGGUGGAGAAGGUCCACACCUUCCUGGAUUACAUCAUGGGUGGCUGCCAGAUCAGCUUCACGGUGGCCAUCGACUUCACCGCCUCCAACGGUGACCCGAGGAGCAGCCAGUCCCUACACUGCCUCAGCCCCCGCCAGCCCAACCACUACCUGCAAGCCCUUCGGGCAGUGGGAGGCAUCUGCCAGGACUAUGACAGUGAUAAGCGGUUCCCAGCAUUCGGCUUUGGGGCUCGAAUACCCCCCAACUUCGAGGUGUCCCAUGACUUUGCUAUCAACUUUGACCCAGAAAAUCCUGAAUGUGAAGAGAUAUCCGGGGUCAUAGCCUCUUACCGUCGUUGCCUGCCCCAGAUCCAGCUAUAUGGCCCCACCAAUGUGGCCCCCAUCAUCAACCGUGUGGCGGGACCUGCCCAGCGGGAACAGAGCACCGGCCAAGCCACUAAGUACUCUGUGCUGCUGGUGCUCACAGAUGGUGUGGUGAGCGACAUGGCCGAGACCCGCGCUGCCAUCGUGCGCGCCUCCCGCCUGCCCAUGUCUAUCAUCAUCGUGGGUGUUGGCAAUGCCGACUUCUCUGACAUGCGGCUGCUGGACGGUGACGACGGUCCCUUGCGCUGCCCACGAGGAGUGCCGGCAGCCCGUGACAUCGUCCAGUUCGUGCCCUUCCGGGACUUUAAGGAUGCCGCACCCUCUGCGCUAGCUAAGUGCGUCCUGGCCGAGGUGCCGCGGCAGGUGGUGGAGUACUAUGCCAGCCAGGGCAUCAGUCCCGGAGAUCCGAGGCCUUGCACGCCGGCCACGACCCCCAGCCCAAGCCCAUGACUGCCUCCCACCGGACCAGACAUUCCCUCAGCCUCUCAGUGCCUGUCCUGACCCUUGUGACUCGAGUGACCAGUGCCUCUCCCUCUUGGACCAGCUGUGUGCCCUGGGUCCCAGAAGUGAGUGGUGAGCCCUGCCCAUCUCUCCAGGCCCCAUACCCCUCAGCCGUGUGGCCCCUCAGUGACUUUAUCAAUGAUCCUGAAUUCCUGGCAGUUAAUAAAGGGACCCACUCCUAGCA